CGUGACCCCGCCUUUUAUUUAUUUAUGCAUUUCUUUUUACUUUUUUGCUGCCCUCAGCUGUCCUCGUUCAUUAUCCGCCGGUGUCACAUGCGCACCACCUGACUGCGGCUACCGAUCGCCGGUACUUUCGAGAGGGAGCGGAAAGCCCAGAAAGGCACUGCGGCUCAGCACAGGAAGAGCGAACUCAACAGCUUGAGCGAAUGCAGCCGCAGCGACCGAUGCCACACGCAGCGCCCUUCUCGCCAGGGCGCCAAUUCCGGGACAUGGCGCUCGGGUUCGGCCGUCACAAAAACCUGCUGGGCACGAGCUUCGCCUACGGGCUCAUCCAGUCUCUCAAAGAGUGCCUCUACUUCCUGCUGUGCUGCUGGUGCAUCAAGGAGAUCCUCGACUAGAUAUGCCAGUGAUCAAGAUGAUGAGUUGAAUAAAUGAAUCUUGCUGAAAGUUGUUGUGUUCCAGUAGAGCCUCUGCUAGGACAUCGGAUCACAUGCUGGACAUCCGAAUGGACAUCUGAUCAAAUGCUAGGUGUUGGGAGUCACUAACAAAUGUGACAUCCUAGUGUUACAGGACAUCUGAUCAUGUGCUAAACACAGUGCCAUUCAUGCUGACAGGACAUCCUGCCAUGUUCUGGAUAAUGAGGCUUCAAAGCUGGAAGGACAGCUAGGCAUGAAGAUCACAAGACCAUUGAGAUCACAAGGACAUCAGAUUGCAUGUUGUAGAUUGAGGUGUCUGAAUCAUGAGGACAUUCACUUUGGUUUUGUGUGACACUCUUCACUGAGUAUAACAGUAGGUUAUUAAACCAUACAAUAUUUACAGGUGCUGGUCAUAAAAUUAGAAUAUCAUGACAAAAUUGAUUUAUUUCAGUAAUUUCAUUCAAAAAGUGAAACUUGUAUAUUAAAUUCAUUCAUUACACACAGA